AUCGACGAGGGACUGGGUUUAUGGCGGAACGGAUUGGCGCCGGGCACGAGGAUGUUGGGGCCGAGUCCGACUUCGAGGUUUCGGGUUUUGGGGAGUGGCCACGCUGAGCACUCCGAUGCAGUGCCAGAGAGUGCAGCCGCGGGAGCGCUCGAUCUCCGCAGCUGAAGCUCGUCGAAGCGAGCGAGCGAGCCCUCCAUUGUUUUGUGCGCAGUUUGAAGGUUUCUGCCGCUCGAUAUGGAAGCUCUGCAGAUGUACGGGGAUUCUUCCGACUCUGACGAAGAAUCCGACUCCAUCGCCCAGCCUCCUUCGAGCUCGGGUGGUCUCAAACCUCUGGCCUCCAAGACUGCGAUGGUCUUGCCGCCUCCUCCGAUCGAUCUCCUGAAUUUACCCACAGCAUUCCGAGAAAAGGACGAAGAUCCGCAUCGAGGACGAUUGCGAACCUUUCCACAUGUGGAGGGAAAUUUCGCUCUUCAUGUUUACAUUCCCGUCACGGUUCCAUCAAAUGCCAAGAGCAAGAUUCUGCCGCUGUUCGAGAGGGCUGUCAAGCUUUUUACAGACCUUCACCUACUUGGAGACGAAAUUGUUGAUGUGAGUGCGAAAGGUGCUUCUAUUUCCAAAUUUGGUGGAGAAUAUCACAUCAGUCUCUCAAGAACUGUGGCAGUUCGCGUGCAUCAGAUUGACAGUGUUGUUUCCAUGCUUCGGCGCAGAUUUUCUUCUCAAAAUCGUUACUUCGCAGAGUUUGGAAGCUGGGAGGUGUUUACGAAUGACGAAAGAACUAGAACCUUUCUGUCCUUGGAGGUUAUAAAAGCGGGCGUCUGUGAGAUGCAUAAGCAGGUUCUUGCAGUCGAUGAGGUUUUUAAGCUUCACAAUCUUCCUACGUUUUAUAAGGAUCCCAGACCUCACAUAUCAAUUGGGUGGGCAGUAGGAGACGUUUCUAUCCCGCUAAAGACGCUUGCUGACGAUCUGAACAGAUUCCAGAAUAAGGAGUUGUUGUGGUCAUCCCAAGUCAAGAAGGUGGAGUGUAAAGCAGGCCAGCGGGUGUAUGUUAUUUGGCAGUGAUCCAACACAAACCAAGAGUACUAAAAAUCGUUAUCAGUAGGUACCACCCCUUAGUCAUGAGGAACGUAGUUUGAACCGUUUAAAUAAAUAUUGUAAUGCUAGAAAGGUCAGGGCUUCAGAAUUUUGUUGCAGAAGCUUGAUUCUGUAAAUGGAUAGAAUCACCAGAAUAGAAAUGUGAUACACCGUCAUGUGUGAAGCCAAUAGUAUUACGUAGUUAGGAUAUCAUUAGCUGUUAUGUCAUAGUUAAGAUAGUUAUAAGCGGGGCGUCGUAGUAGCAAUUUUGAGAGGGGAAAACAUCAAUUUAAAAUUCAAUUUAAAAUCUGAAUCCAUAGCAGAACUUGUGAAUUGUUUCAAGUUAGAUGAUUUUAACUUAGAGUGUGCAAUGCAUCGAAGGCAGGGCAAGCUAAAUGUGUCCAAUUGAUUCAAAAAUAAAAGAAUGGGG